AUCCCGAUUAUGCAGAAAAUACUGUGUUAGAAAGGCUGGAAAAUUGUGAUCCAAACGUUAAUGCUGAAUGUAAAAGAAGUUUGGAAGAUUUGAGUGAACAAUUGUCAAUGCAAUUAGGGAAUGAUGAUGCAAAAGAUGGAAAUGUUGAAUCAACCAAAUCAGAGACUACUGGGCGUGAUGCCAGUACUGGUACUUCACAAAGUAAUACCAAAGUAGUACAACCACAAAAACUCAGUGAAAACAUUUCAAAGAAAGAAAACGGUGGUAGUGUAGGUUUUCGUGCUGAAGAAAAAACAGGAGAAACAAGUAGCUCAAGAAAGAAGAAUCCAGUUAAGAAACACGAUGAAGAUAGUAGUGGUGAUAUUCCUGAUGUCUAUUUCUUAA